UUGGCAAGACCCCCGCCUCGAAAGCCCAACGCAUAACAGGUCCAAGUCCAGGCCCAAGAAGAUGAGCCCAUACUGCACCAGGCCCACAGCCACGAGAAAAUCAGAGCUGAAAGCAUUCACAGUGCUCUGAAACCCCAACCGAGGGUUUAAGCAGAACCUGGUGCCUUCGCUCCUCUCUCUCAUGCUCUGACGAUGACGGAGACUGUGAGGCUGCGCGUGGAAUUCAAGGACCGGCACAUUCUGAGCAAGUCACAGAGGACCGACGGACUCCGGCGGAGCUGGAUUCUCCUGAAACCUCAACACCGCACCAUCUCCGACCUCGCCGCCUAUCUCCUCCACGUCUUCGACCUCCACGAUUCUUGCCCCGAUGGCCUCCUCAUCUCCAUGGAUGAGUUUGUGUUGCCGCCGUUUGAGUCCACCUGCAUUUUCAAGGAUAGAGAUAUUGUCAGUGUGAAAAGGAAAGGUGUGUCUGAAAUUGACAUGAUUGAGGAUGGAAGAAACUGUAUUGAGGUUGAAGAAAUCGUGGAGAGGCAACUUGCGGAUGGAGGUAUGAAGCUUCUGGCUAAUGAGGAGUUCGAGAAGGAGAAGGGAGGGUAUGAAAGUGAGCUAGAAGAGGAUGAACCUGACCAGUUGGAAGAUAUAUUGCCAGUUAAAAAUGCGCUGGACAACGAUACAAGCACACUUUCCAAGAAAAGGAAGCGAUCAAAUAAACCUGAGAGCUCCAAGAAGAAGAGAAGUAAAUCUGCUACUACUGGAGGAUGUUCAGUUGUCCCAGAAGAUGUUCAAGGUGAUGUCCAAGAGGACAAGAACAGAAGCUCUCAUAAGCGUCGUGUCAGAAAGAGUCUUUCCAAGAAGGAAAAGUCAACUACUGGAGAGGGUGAGCUGGAUGAUUCAACCACCUCUGAAACUGAUAAAAGGACCAACAACAUAAGUCAUUCUACACCCAGUGCAAACAGGCACAGUCAGCUUCAAGAGAAUGACAUAAACGGUGUUGUUUCAUCUGACAAGCCUGAUGAAAGUAAAAAGUUGCCUAGUAGAAGUGCUCGACGUAAAAAGGCCAAAAGAAUAUGGAAGAGGGAAAACAUGAGAGCUCAGAAGGAAGAGCGUUCCAUUUUGCAGUUACAUCAGACACAGGUAGGCAAACCGGUUAAUCAGCAAUCAUCUGACAAAGAUAAUCAGAAAUCAUCAAACAAAGCUGAUCAACAAUCAUCUGACAAAGCUAAUCAGCAAUUAUCUGACAAAGAUAAUCAGAAAAGCUCUGAAGAAGAUGAACCAAAUACAGAUAAUGAUGAAGAAGACAACGUUGUUCCUGUCGUAACUAGGCCAGGACACAUUCGCUUUGCACCCCUCGGUAAAGUGGAAGCAGAUCAGAGUUUCCAGCAGAAUGAAAUUCCAGUGAAAACUUUUCAGUGGAAUGGAAUAACCAGCAAGAAGAAGGGUCAAAAAUGGGGUAUGGAGAAAACAUCAUAUUCAAUUAAGAGCAACUAUGAAGAUCUGUACCAAGAGUCAUCUGAAAUGCCUGGUAUUGAAGAAGAGAUUCCUGAAAAUGAUUCCAUAGACUUUAAUAAGCUUGAGCUCUCUACCAGUGUACCGAAGGAAGGUGAUCUAAUUGCAUAUCGGUUGAUUGAAUUAUCAUCAUGCUGGACCCCUGAAGUUUCUUCCUAUCGAGUUGGAAAAGUGUCACAGUACAACCCUCAAUCAAAUAAGAUUGUGCUAGUACAGGUUCCAGAAUAUCCCAUUGUUUUUGAGGAGACAGAUGAGGCAUCUGCAGAAUAUCCCAUUGUUUUUGAGGAGACAGAUGAGGCAUCUGAGGUACAACCAGAUACAUCCCUUUAUGGGGAAGAUGGUUCUUUAGAGAUAGAUUAUUCUUCUCUUAUCGAUGUCCGCAUUGUCAAGUAUGGGAACCUGAACACAGCCAAAGCAGUCACUGGAGAUCAAAAUGAUGUAUCCAGUUUUAGGCUCAAGAAUGGCAUGGAAACUAGGGCUCUAUCAGGUUUCAGGCUCAAGAAUGACAAAGAAACUCAGGCUGCUGCAUCAGGUUUCAGGCUUAAGAAUGACAAGGGAACUCGUGCUGGUGCACAAGAAAAUGGAAAAGCAGGUGCAUGGGAUGAAAUCAGCCAGGCAUUGAAUGCGAAGAAAGCGGAGCUUUCUCAGGAAGAUGGCUGGGGGAAAAAUGAUGGUUCAGGAAGGAGCUCGUGGACAUCUAGGCCCUGGAGGGGUAGCGCAUUGGGUCCAACAAUGGCUCUUUUAAGAGCGCAAAGUGAGCUAUGAGGAAGAUCUGUAAUAAAUAUAUAUGGUCUGUCAAUCAGAUGAAGUGGGGUUGGUGAUUUUGUUAACUUAUGACAGUAGUAAAGGGACGUUGUUUUGGGUGUAAAAAAGAAACCUCGACUAAGUACUGUACAGUGGGAGUUCAAUUUUAAAGGUCCGUGGAAGAACACCCUUUUGAAUCGUGAUGA